AUGAGGAAUUAUUCUCCGCUGCUCGCCAGUGGCGUCUUGCUGAGGUCACCUAUGGCCCUUGCCGGUGCUCUUUGCACCUCGCGUGCAUUGUACAGCAUACCUGGCAAGGUGAAGGUCUGUGUCAGGACACGGGAUGGCGCUACGUGCGACUUCGAGGCGCCAGUCGGUAUGUCUCUGAUGCACGCGAUUCGCGACGUGGCGAAGCUCGAGAUGGAUGGGGCCUGCGAUGGCUGCGCGCAGUGCUCGACGUGUCACGUGUAUCUUUCCGAGGCAUCCGUCAAGAAGCUUGGGAGUCCGUCCGAGCGGGAACAAGACACCCUCGACAGAGCACUCGACCUCCAGGACACCUCCCGGCUCGCGUGUCAAAUCACCAUCACCCCGUCGAUGAACGGCUUGGAGGUGGUGCUUCCAAAGAAUGUCACGAACCUACUUAUGUGA